GGCUGCCAUUCAGGCCGUGGCGCAGGAUGGGGCUGAGCUGCAGCACUGGAUUCAAUGCAGUUGGGACGAGCAGCCAUUUCUCAUUCGGGUCCCAAUUCCUCUCCAGCACGAGGCGAUUUUUCUCUCCCUCCUUUAAUUCAGUCACUCCAGCUGACAGCUCCGCCGUGUUGUGCAGCCCCGGUACAGCGUCGCUCUGCCAUAUUCCCCCUCUCGUUCCCCUCAUUGGAUUCAUCAGUGUGGGGCUGGGCAGCGCCGUGCUCUACCUGCUCAGGUUGGCGCUGUACAGCCCCGAUGUCAGCUGGGACCGAAAGAAUAACCCCGAGCCCUGGAACAAGCUGGGCCCCACUGACCAGUAUAAAUUCAUAGCAGUCUCCACCGACUACAAGAACCUGAAGAAGGAGCGGCCCAGCUUCUGAGCAGCCCAAAACCCCCCCAAAGCCCCCCCCCCUAAUUACACUCCUUGUUCCAACACCCCCCCAUACACACACAGUAUCC